AACUUUGCCCAGGACAGCCUCCUGACCAGCACUGGGCGGGCAGAGAGCUCUGGCCGCUGGCGACGCGCUCGGUCCCACCAGGAAGAGAGAAGGGGGUGGAAGACUCAGCCCGGCACCAUGGCGACUUCGGUGGCCAACAUGGAAGCUUCAGACCCCCCUGCUACGGCCGAGAUGGAUUACGAAACCCCCCAGUCUCUGAAUGUGGUGGACGAAAGCGGAAGAGACUUUGGCACAGCCUUUCCUUUGCCGAAGUCGUCCUUCCGGCGCGUCUGCCCCACCAGCCGUCUCAUCCUGGCCUUGAUGGUGUUCUGUGGCACCUUGAUCCUGUCGGUCAGUAUCCUGGGCAUCCAAGGCAUUCAGUUCAGCAAAAAUCUCCAAGAAGCUCGGAGGGGGCUGCAGAAUUUUAACAAGACGGUCAAGCUGGGGGUCGGCAGUCUCAAGGACAAAAGGAACAGCACCUGGUGGAAGCUGGCUACGCUGGAGAAAACCCUGGAACAGGAGAACGACCAGCUGGAGAAAGUGAAGGAACGAACCCAGAGUCAGCUGGAUAUCAUAGAACGGAAUACCAGAACUUUGCACUGUGAACUCAUAGAAAUGCAAAGCAACGGAAGCAAAAGUGGUUGCUGCCCCCGAGGCUGGCUGACUUUUCGCUCAAGCUGCUACUGGACAACCCAGUCACAAGAGACGUGGGAAGGGGCCAAACGCGACUGUGAAAAUAAAAAAUCCCACCUGGUGAUCAUCAACUCUCCAAAUGAGAAGGUAUUUGUGAAUCGGAACAGACGUACACGUUUCACAUGGAUCGGCUUGACGGAUGUCACCGGGAACUGGAAGUGGGUGGAUGGGUCGCUAUAUGUGCUUGACCCAAAGGAUUGGAGUGAGGGCCAGCCAGACCACUGGUAUGGGCACGGCCUUGGGGGCGGGGAGGACUGUGUCCACAUUGGGGACGACGGCCUGUGGAAUGACAACCACUGUUCCCGCAUGUUCGGCUGGGUGUGUGAGAUGGAACUGGGGAUCUGAACACACGAGCGAGUCCCACCCCAACUGAUUCGCCGACCGGUCUAUGUGUGUGUGCGGUGCAUGGGUGCGUGUGAGAUGGGCUGAGCAUCGGCUGCCCUCCGUCCCCCCCCAGUUUCCUCGUCGGCCAUUGGCUGAGAGCCGACGUGGGUCAGGGAAGGCUCGGGCCCCUUCCGUGUGAGGGAGGGCAGACCCCAAACGCGUGCAGGUCGAGGGAGUUGCACAGGGCCUCAGAAAGGUCUGCAAUGCAGAACUACUAUAGGAGGCCUUUGCUGUCAAAAGAUUAGGAGGGUUAAAAGGUGAAGCGCCCUAACCAGAUGUCUUUUCAAAACAAUAAAGCCUUUUCAAAAGCAA